GAAGCGCUGGGACUUUGACUCUGGGCAUGGCGGACGUUUUCGAAGGGCCUCGGCCUCGCAUAGCCACAAGUCACCUGGCGCAGCACAUCGGGAAGCCCGUCUGUUUUGUGGGGCGUGUGGAAAAGAUCCACCCAUCCGGGAAACUUUUCUUUCUGUCAGAUGGAGAUGGAAAAACUGCAACUAUUGAGCUGAAUGACCCUCUAGAUGAAGAGAUCUCAGGAGUCAUUGAAGUAGUGGGAAGAGUUACAAAUCAAGCAAACAUCAUGUGUGCGUCAUAUACCCAAUUCAGAGAGGAUAAAAGCAUGUUUGAUCUUCCACUAUAUAACGAAGCUCUGAAAAUUAUCCAUGAAUUUUCUGAGUACUACCCUUUUGGGGCUGAAGCAUGACUGAUGCUUUUUCUUACAGCUUUAGAGUGGACAAUUCUGUGAUAUUUA